AAUUUGUGAGAAAAAUCUUGUCGAGCUUGAAAUGUUAAUCUGUGAACACCACAUCAUACUUAGCGAGCAGAGCGAAGUUAUUGAGCCUCGGUACAAGAUCUGUAAUUCUCGCGGUGAAAUUUAUUGGUGAAAUUGUUGUUUCAGUUAUGUCUCGCGGUUCGGGAAUCAUUCCAGAUGAAUUCAUGUUUAAUGAGUUCAAAAGACAAUGCUUGUCCACCGAGAAUUGGCACAACAAGUAUGAUAAGAAUGACAUGGAGGUAUGGGUCGAGGGGCCCCCUUUAUCUACUUCUACCAGCAACAAGGUGAACUUAUCCAAAGUCCACAAAAUCAAGUGUAGAAUGAACAUAAAGGAUGUAUCGGCUGCUACCAUGUAUGACGUGCUUCAUGACAGUCAGUACCGGAAGUCAUGGGAUCCUACGAUGCUUGAGAGUUUUGACAUUGCUCGCCUGGCUCCCAAUGCGGACGUGGGCUACUAUUCCUGGCUUUGUCCGAAACCAUUGAAGAACAGAGAUGUGGUGACCCUGCGCUCAUGGCAGGCGUCUGAAAAUGAGUAUGUGAUCAUUAACUUCUCAGUGAAACAUCCGAAAUAUCCCCCACGAAAGGAUCUGGUGAGGGCCGUUUCCCUCCUGACGGGUUACCUGUUCAAACCAACAGGGCCCAACAGCUGCACUUUCACAUACCUCUCACAGGCUGAUCCCAGAGGGUCUCUUCCAAAGUGGGUUGUCAACAAAGCAUCUCAGGUCCUGGCUCCAAAAGUCUUAAGAAGCGUUCAUAAAGCCGGUCAGAGCUACCCUGCAUGGAAAGCAGCAAAUUCUCCAGAUCAUAAGCCGUGGCUGUACCCCAUACAGAGUGAACUGCCCAUGAUGGAUCCAGCACAGCUGUCCAUCCAGCGCGGAGACUCGCUUGAGAACGUGGAUGAGAGCUCAUCCAGGGAUGUUCAAGAGAAUGAAGACAGCAGCUAAAACGGCUCAAAGAAAAGGUCCACGUCACAGGAUCAGUCUCUUACCCCACUUAGAGCUAGUUAAUGUCAACAUUCCUCCCUCCCGCUCACAGAGUAAGAGUUUACAAUCACUGUGCUACACAUUCCUUUAUUGAUGUCUGGGUUUCUUAGGGCAUCGCACGUGACAUGAUGCUUACUUGAACAAGGAAAAUUCUUUAUACUAUGCAGCUCUACUCAAUUUAAUUUGAAAUUCUUUUGAAGGUGGUUCAUUGUCUUAAAUGAGACCUUUUUGACCUGUAAUUUAUUACUAAGUGGUUAUGAUGAAGCUACACCUAAAUGAUUGUAUUGACAUGCAAGUAAAUAGAUGGUUUUUCUUUAUGAAUAUGGUCAAGCAUGUUUAAUCCUUAUUUUAAAUCUCCGUGGUAGGGGGUAGGUUCCUUGCGAUGUCAUCCUUUUUAUGUUUGUGUAAUUGUGUCUGUGCUUUUUCAAAGAGCUUUGUCUGUAUUGGCAUGUGAACCAUGGGAGAAAACCUGUGUAAUGGCCCUGUAAUAUGACCAAAGCAGUCCAAGACACAAAGUGGUAUUACCUCAAGAUUUAUUACUUGAAGUGGUAUUAGUUCAUUUGCCUGUAACAGGCAGAGGAAAACAGAAGGCAGAUGAAAUUAGCUGUUCUGUACUUCUCAAAUAUGUGAUUGGCCCUUGAACAUGAAAGAAAAAGGCAUGUUAACAACGUGACACCAGUGGAUCCAUGCAAAGACAUUUGCACUAUAAGUGGCAGAGUUACCCAGAUUUAUGACAUGAUAUUUUUCUUUCUGAGGAUGGAUGGAUAUGAAAAUUUGUGUUUGAGAACUUGAAUUUCAUAUACUGGUAUAUAAAGUCCUAACUCACUAAAGGGUAAUAAAGUUUUAUACUUUCAAAAAUUUUAAAUAAAUUGUUCAAAAUAU